CCCGCACUGCGCAGCUCCGCACCCCCAUCCUCCAUGCGCAGCUCCGCACCCCCAUCCUCCACACUACAAGAUCCGCACCCCCAUCCUCCACACUGCAAGAUCCGCACCCCCAUCUUCCGCACUGCCAGAUCCGCACCCCCAUCCUCCACACUACAAGAUCCGCACCCCCAUCCUCCACACUGCAAGAUCCGCACCCCCAUCCUCCACACUGCAAGAUCCGCACCCCCAUCCUCCGCACUGCCAGAUCCGCACCCCCAUCCUCCGCACUACAAGAUCCGCACCCCCAUCCUCCACACUGCAAGAUCAUCCGCACCCCCAUCCUCCGCACUACCAGAUCCGCACCCCCAUCCUCCGCACUGCAAGAUCCGCACCCCCAUCCUCCACACUGCCAGAUCCGCACCCCCAUCCUCCGCACUGCCAGAUCCGCACCCCCAUCACUACGAGCCCGGCGUAUAG